GCGUUCAAGUGUGACCAUAACUUGUGAGCUAGAUUUAUCGGUAUUUUUUUGUGUGAAAACGACAACAUUUUCAUUUUGCUUUCGCGAACGAAUUCAUCGAAUCGAACAAUGUCUGAGGAUAACAAUCAAACUAAUGGGACUACCAAUGGUGAUGUGCCCGAAAUCGAAUUGAUUAUUAAGGCAUCGACCAUUGACGGUAGACGAAAGGGAGCAUGCUUGUUCUGUCAAGAAUAUUUCAUGGACUUGUAUCUUUUGGCCGAAUUGAAAACGAUCAGUUUAAAGGUCACAACAGUUGAUAUGCAAAAGCCACCACCAGAUUUCCGUACCAAUUUCGAAGCAACACAUCCACCAAUUUUAAUUGACAACGGAUUGGCCAUCUUGGAAAAUGAUAAAAUCGAAAGACACAUCAUGAAAAGCAUUCCAGGUGGCUACAAUCUCUUCGUACAGGACAAAGAGGUUGCCACAUUGAUUGAGAAUAUCUAUUCAAAGUUGAAAUUGAUGUUGGUGAAAAAGGAUGAAACAAAGAAUAACGCAUUGUUAGGCCAUUUAACAAAGAUCAACGACCAUUUGGCACAAAGAGCUACACGUUUCUUGACUGGCGACACAAUGUGCUGUUUCGAUUGCGAACUCAUGCCACGACUUCAACACAUUCGAGUAGCUGGAAAAUACUUUGUUGACUUUGAAAUUCCGGUACAUCUGACAGCAUUGUGGCGAUACAUGUAUCAUAUGUAUCAAUUGGAUGCGUUCACACAGUCGUGCCCGGCCGACCAAGAUAUCAUAAAUCACUAUAAAUUACAGCAGUCGAAAGGUGAUCACAAGAUGCUGAAAAUGAAGAAACACGAGGAAUUGGAAACUCCAACAUUUACAACAUCAAUUCCAAUUGAUAUUGUUGAAUAAAGAGCACAAAGGUUCUUGAUGCAUACAACAAAACAAACAACCAACGCAAUUUGCAAUCAACAAUAAUUCUACAGAAGAAGAAAAUACACACACACACUUCAAGGAUAAAGAAAAACAAACAACAUCAACAUAAAAAAAAACUAACUAAAUAUUACGAUAUUUACACAAACACACACACAUAUACGAGGCCAAUUCGAGAUAAAUAGCAAAUUGUUUAGCCGCUGUUUUCAAGCAAACAUUUUUAUGUAUUCUUCAUGAUAGACUCAUAAGCGAAUGCAGAAUUAAAUAAAUACAAAAAAAUCAAAACACUUUGAAGAAGUAUCAAAAAAAAUCUGAGAGCAAAACAACAAUUUAUAUAAUAUAAUGAAAUUGCGAACAACAGCGAAUGUUGUCUUAGUCUAACUUACAUCCGCCUUAUAUUCAAAUAGAAUACGUACAAAUAUGAAAGAUGAAAAUAUAUAAAGUAUUUUAGAUUAAAUUACCAACGAAAUGCACUUUUCUUAAA